AUGGAUUCCCAAACCAAUGCUUACCAAUCGCCACCGUCGUCCUCCUCCUCCGGCAGUCGUCUUUGUGGGUGGUGGUUUCGACCAAUAGUGACUCUACCAGCAAAUAACGAUCCUAAUCGUAAAGACACAUUCAUGGAAUCUGCAGUUGGCUUUUCACCCUUUCUCGGCGCCCUGUUCACCGUCAUCGCCAUGUAUUUGAUCUUGUCUCUAAAAAUCGACAAAGCUCACCCCCACGCCAAAGUCUCCAUCCAACACAUCCACGUCUCCUCCAACACGUGGAAGGUCGACUUCCUGGUGAAGGACACGAGUUCGAGGUAUUCUAUUUACUACGGCGACAGUGACGCUUCCGUGAGGCUCGGUCAGAUAAACGCCGCCGUUUUAAACAUCACUCGUAAACGUGGUCAUUCUAGAGAUCACAUGUUGUUCUCGUUGGCUUUCGUUGCUGAGCAGCAGGGAAACAGAAGCGGCGUCGUUUCUGAGGAGCUUGACGUCAAACUCAGGGCGAAGCAUAAGCUUUACCUAUAUCCUGAUGAAGCUGGACACUUCAAUAUACGAUGCCAAGAUCUGACGCGAAGCCGUGACAAGAUUAUUAUAUGCCAAUCCUCUUUUACAAAACCGAAGAGGUUUUUAAGACCAUAUCGAAACAGAAUUUAUCAAAUUACAUAUUAA